AUCAGGUUCUUUUGUCAACUAAUAUUUAGGCCAACAUUCUGAAACAUGAAUUCACGAUUUGGUCAAAGUUCCACCAAAAUUCGACAAGAAUUUGAACAGGUACAGGGCGAACAACUUGAUAAAAUUCUUUGGUGGCUGUUUUUUGUUUUGUCGGCAGCAUUACAAGGUCGCUAUAUCAGUGAGAAGAUGAGACAAGUGAAAACCACGCUGACUCCCAUCUAUCAUGAAAUCUACCAAAAUUGCAGACACCAAAUCUGCCCCUAUCCUGAAGGGUAUCCAGAAAGAGAGAUCAUGCAGGCAAUGACCAGAAAGGAGUCGUUAGUGGGAAUGUUCGGAAUCAUCCUGAACUCAACUUUCGAUGCAACAAUUUUCGAGAAUAGAUCUGGAGCUAGAGAAAUCACCAGAAGCCUCUGUUCUACUGAAGGACCAGCAACCUAUCAGCCCAGAGUGAUGCGAAAUUUGAAUGGACAGUGGAGAUACGUCAUUAAUGUCGGCGAAUUUCAGCAAACAUUCUCCUCUGAAUUCUGCAGGAAAUUUGAUAGCAGACGCAAUUUCCGAGAUGAAUACUGUAACGAAUUCGAAGCAGGAUGUGACCAGGAUUUUCAAGAAAUGUUCCUACUGACAUACGAGAAUGGAGUCAUUGAUUUCGACAAGUUCAUGAUACCAACCACCUGUAAUUGUAUGUGCAAUUUGUAGAUUCAUUUUUAUCACUUUUUUUAUAAGAGUUCGAAAUUAUUUAUUUUUGACUGACUGAUGAUAUUGAUAAUUGAUGUACCUACUCCAGAAACAACGAAAAAUAAAGAAUAUUUC